AAUGGUGUCGAUAUUUACCUCAAUGUAGUUCCUUUUGCAUGCAAUUUCUUUGGAGGUGUAGCCGCAUCGGUUUCACGCAAGCCGACGCAAACUCCUGUCCGACAGUCCACUGCUGCCCUAUCACUACGGCUGAAGGGACCGAAAGAGUGGGUACAACAUGCACAUGCGGGGUGGGCAGCGACUCGUCGUUUGGAACAGGGACGCAAUUUCACUCCAGAAACAAAGGCGGUGAUCGCCAAUGUCAUGCAAUUUUUUGGAAAGUUGAAGGAGAAGCUGGGGGAAAGAUCUCGAGGAACCAUGUUUGAAAAGAUAGACAUUAUAACUGCUAAGGCGUGCGGUGUGAGCGCGAGUACUGUGUACCGAGUCAAAAAUCCUAUGAGUCGCCCAAUGACUCCACGAGGAAAGCCGAAGGAGCGCAGCCGGAAGGCUGAGAUCAAGACCGCUAUGGAUAGCUUUGGUCAGGAGUGGGGUGAACGCCUAAAGCGUCUGGUGCAUGGCAUGCUAAAGGAAGAGAAGGAUAUUACUAUUCGGGAGUUGCGGCAGCAGAUCUCGAUUACCUAUCCGGAUUUCGGAUUAUCAGUGACGACGCUUUGGAGGCUGCUGAAAGGUCUCGGGUUCUCCUUCAAACUACUGAAGGGGCAGCGGUUCAUUUUUGAACGCUCGGACCUGUCUCUCAAAAGAUCGCUGUUCUUGAGGAAAGUGAACGAGGCCAGAGAAAGGGGGGACUGCGUGGUCUAUAUGGAUGAGACGUGGGUGUUCGAAGGUAUGGUGAAGAGGAAGGGCUGGGUCGACACCAAGAUGUCGCGUUUUCCCUCGGCUGAAACGAUACGGAACUAUUCUUGCGGGAAGACUGCUGGAAAAACGAAAGGGAAGCGCGGCAUUGUUAUAACGGCGCUAUCGGAAGAAGGUAUUGUGCCCGGCUGCACCCACGUCCUCCUUAGUGGGUACAGGACCACGCAGGACGAUUAUCACCGCGAAAUGGACCACGUGGCAUUCGAACAGUGGCUAAAAGGGUCAAUCCCGCUGAUGAAAGAUUUUGCAGCUGGGAAGAAAUGUACCUUAGUGUUGGAUAACGCACCAUACCAUACUAGAGCGUUGUAUAAGCUCGAUGACUUCGUGGAAAGCCGAGGCGGCCUAGCAGCUUUACGAUGCUACGCCGCCGAGAAGAUAUGCAGUGAUCUGGGGGUUACCCUAGUCAGGUUGCCGCCGUUUCACUGUUUCUUCAACCCGGUGGAAAUGUGUUGGAGUUAUCUAAAACAUCGCCUGAACAAGAUCGGUCGUCCUACGGAUAGGCUCGAAAUAGUUAGGAGUAGAACUCUUGAAAUAUUGGGAAGUCUGCCAAGACAACUUUGCGAGGGUUGGUGCAGGGAGACACUUCGGGAAGAAGAAGCUGCGAGGUCGAAAGAGGUUCUAGAUGGUGGGAGUCAUGGUGGUGGCGGU